GGCUUUUUAGCCAAUUUAGGACAAAUCCUAUAUUGGUAAUUUGUCUUUAAGUAGUUUAAACUGACUUAAACUUAAAGAAAUAAUAAUUAUGGAGGACAUAUUCAGCAAGCAUGUUCCCUUACUGUUCAAGGCAUCAGACAGAGAGGAAAGGUGAGAAUAUACACUUGUAAUCAGGGAUUUGGAGCAAGCAAUUUUAAAGUUCUUGCAUGGGACUUGGACAUAGGCAAUGAGAAAAAGGCCUAGCUUUAGACUAAGAUUCUUAGAGGGUAAUGUGUAGAUGGUAUGAGAGAAAGGAGCCAAGAGGGGUAUUAUGAACAGUGUAUUGGAUAAUGGGACACUUCACUACAGGUUAAGGGAAUGAGUCAUGGGAGAGUAGAAAUGAAUGUGAUGAAAUUAAACAAAUACAUAAGGGGUCAAAGGUAAAUGAUGCAGGUUAAUAGGGCAGGGUUGGAGAGAGGUAGGAAUCAGAAAGGAAGGGGUGUUUGGAAUGGUUCAGAAGAAUGAGGUCAAUGAGGAAAAGACAUUUAGGGAAAAAUAUGGCAUAUGACCAACAUUGAAUUUAGGAAAGAAAUACCGUAAAAAUAUAUCAAUUUGCCAAAACAUUUUGCAAAUAAAUUUUUUAAUUAAUAAGUUUUAAAAAGCCCAGAGCAUUUCAUUAAAAUAUUUAUAACUAGAUGUAGCCUGCCAAACAUUGGCGACAGCAAUGCGUGAACUUCCCAUCUACUAAAGUUACUUGACAAAAACGUGCACUCAAGUUACGCAAAUUUAAGAAUGCCAAUGUUGCUACACCCCUUCCCCCCCCCUCACCCUGCAAACUUUCUACUUCACGCUGCCUCACGGCUUAGCAGACGCCGCGCUUAGCAUAUGCCGCGAGCUGGCUGGCAAGCAAGGGUGGCAAGGGAAGGGAGGGUUUGCCUGCAGCGUCCUGCUUGCUCUGGUGUAUCUAUAUAUAGCCUGCUUGGUCGUCUUGGUCUUGGUCUUGUUGUGCCCUAGUUUCUGUCGAAUAAUAUACAUUCCGUAUUUAUCGGCGUAUAACACACACUUUUUCUCUCUGAAAAUAGGGCGGCAAAUGAUUUGUGCGUAUUAUACGCCAAUAUAAUGUUAAGGACCCAUAGUACAUACCACAUAGUACAUACCGCAGGGCCUGUUAUAUGCCGGUGCGUGUUAUACGCCGAUAAAUAUGAUAAUUGUUUCCUUAUCAUUUUUUAUAUUUAAAAUUUGCUGCUCCAAAGCCCUGCUUAUAAUACUCAAAUUUAUACUGUCCAUUUAAUUUUUGUCUAUAUUAACUAUUUUGUAAAAUCUUUGGUCAUAACUAAAACACUAUAGAUGAGGGAGAAUCUCUGAUAUCAUUAAAUUUUGUCAAACAUAAUCUUUAAGUUUAAGAAGUAAAGUUUAACUCAUUAGGCUCAUUGGUUCUGAAUGAAUAGGUUUGACUUAAAAAACUAGUAUGUUCAUCUGCUAAGUCGUUGAUGUUGAAACCACAUUUAAUUAACAAGGGAACUACAUUGAAUCUGCCCUUAAGCUGAUUGGUCAUCUACCUGACCUCAGCCACCUAGACUUUAUCCCCCCCCCCCCCCCCCCCCCCCCCCGAGGGAAAGCCAAGAAAAAACAACUUAUUAACAGGUUUAGUUACAAAUGAAAAAUAUCCAUCUCAUUGUGUUUAAAAAUAAUCUUCAUUUACUUAUGUAAAACAGGAAAGUUUAUGUACAGCUUCAUAUGAAGAUGCAAUGCAAUAAGCAUGACUCAAAAAAGGUAACAGAAAGUAACAAAUUAUUUAUAUUCUUACAAAUUUUAAUUAAUUAUGGUAGUAUAAGGCAGUGGUUCCCAAACUUUUUUUUAUUCUUGAUGCUCUUGCUGAAUCCAGGUUUGCAAAAUGGCUAACAUUUUUUUAAAAUUAAUGAGUUUUGUAAAAAAGUUUUAGAAAAUAAUAUUUAUGAUCACAAAGCGGCAUCCAGUAACCUUUUGUAUAAACAGUUAUCACUUAGUGUGCGAUUGUUUUGCACCAGGUCUGCUUCAUGCCGUAGCAUCCCAUCAUAUUGAGUUGAAACUAAAAUUAUAAAGUCAUAGUGUAUAAUAUUUUGCAGCACCCAUUCGAAAAAAGCUGCUGCUCCCACAGGGCCACACGCUGCACAGUUUGGGAACCACUGCUAAUAGGUUGUGGUUGUUUGUUAGAAUUUAACCCUUUUCUAAUGACAAGAAAAAAAAUAAACUUUGUAAAACUUUACAAUUUCACUAAGAUUUUGAAGAAGAAGUAUUCAUAGCUGCAUUUUUUUGGGGGGUGGGUUUGUGUGUUGUGGAAUGUAUAUAGCUUUUCAAUUAAUUAUUUGAAAAUAUCUUCUUGUUAUGCAUAUUUUUUUUUAACUUAUUCUUAGGAAUUAGUUGUGAAGCUGACAGAUGAUCAAGAUUUAUUUUUCUUGUACACACUGCGUUUGGCUGAGGAGGAUUUUCAGAGGUUUUAUCUAAUUUUAAGAUAUAAAAAAAAAAAUCAAAGCUGUAAUAUCUUAUAUUAAUUUGUUAAAAGCAGUAUUAAAUAUUAAAGCAUUUUAUUAUUUAAUUAUGCAUAUAAAAUAUUUUAUAAAAGAAUUUCAUUUUGCAGUUUUGCUUCUCACACUUUCUAUUUCAAUUUCAACCUUACAAAAAAUGCUUUUUUUGGAAAUAAUUGAAUUUGAAAUCCAGAAAUAAUUGAUAGAUUUUAGAAGAAACUGAUUUUUAUUUUUUUUAUUAUCGUAAAUAAGACUAUCGGUAUCAAUAUAUUUUCCAUAUUUUAUCUGCAGUUUAAAAAUGCAACAGGGCUUACUGGUUGACUUUGUAGCUUUUCCUCAAAAAUUUGUGGAUCUUCUGGAGAUGUGCAUUAAAGAGAGCCACAAGGAAAAUCCUAAGUAAUUUUCAAACUUUGCACAUAAAGUUGUUGAAAAAAUUAAAUCACGCCAUAGCUAAAUCAUGUACCUUUUACAUCUAUCUACUUUUCACUUAAAUUUUUUUUUAAUAUAUGGUUUGGAAAUAAAACCAGUCAUCUUUUAAGAAAUUUGAAUUAUUUCAUCUGUCCGCAAAUGACAGACCUGGUUACUCUUACUAUUUUGGCUUAAGAUGUACGAAAUUUGAAAUGCUUUUUACGCUGUUCGGCAGAGACCUGUCAGAACUAUGAUUUUAAGAGACUGGUUUGAACAAAUGUAUUCUGGUAGUUUUUAAAAUUAGAUUUAUUGAGGACAUCGCCAAGGAGACAGAAGAGGCUGCAUCAAAAGGUAACCUAAGGGAUCUGUACAAUGCAACAAAGAGGCUGACUAAAUGAACAAAAGAAAAUAUGGCUGGAAUAUUUCAAAGAACUACUAAACAGGCCAGCCCCACAAGAACCACCUGAAAUUCUACCUGCAGAAGAAGAUCUACUCAUUGGCUGCAAUGUACCCAACAGAACAGAAAUUAAAAAAGGGAUCAAACGACUGAAAAAUAGAAAGGCUGCUCGCCCUGUUUGAAUAUCUACAGAAGUACUAAAGAUAGACCUGGAACUGUCAUCAAGCAUACUUCACAAGUUAAUUGUGACUGUCUGGGAUAAAGAGGAGAUACCCAUGGAGUGGAGAGGAGGAUACUUUGUCAAACUUCCAAAGAAACGAGAUCUCCAAGAGUGUGGAAACUAUAGAGUUAUCAUCAUGCUUCUGUACCAGGAAAAAUACUAAAUAGAAUUAUUCUGCAGAGAAAAAAAUGCGAUAGACUGCAAACUAAGAGACGAACAGGCUGGUUUUAGAGAAAACAGAUCAUGUACUGACCAAAUUGCAACCCUGUGCAUAAUCAUGGAACAGUGCUUGGAGUCGAAUGCAUCAUUGUACCUAAAUUUUGUUGACUUUGAAAAAGCAUUUGACAGCUUAGACAGAGAUACACUCUGGAAACUACUAAGACAUUAUGGUAUUUCCCAACUGCUAACUACCUCAAUAAGAAGACAUACAAGGAUAUGAGUUGCAGGGUUAUACAUGAAGGUGAACUCACAAACCCAUUUAUGAUAGAAUCUGAAGUUCGACAGGGAUGCCUGCUCUCACCAUUCCUCUUUCUGUUAUCCAUUGACUGGAUCAUGAGAGAAACAACAUGGGGUGGGAAAAAUGGAAUCCAGUGGACACCUUUCAGACAGUUGGAGGAUUUGGAUUUUGCAGAUGACAUUGCGCUUUUAUCACAUAGCCACAAAAAAUGCAGGAGAAAACAACAAAACUUGACUCUGUAUCGCAGCAAACUGGAGUUAGCGUAAAUAGAGGGAAAACCAAGACCUUAAGAAUAAAAGCAGUGGAUGAUGGAGUCAUUGGGAUUAACCUGAGAGGAGUCACCUUGAAGAAGUUGAAACCUUUACAUACCUGGGAAGCAUCAUAAAUAAAAAUGGUGGCACAGAUGAGGACAUAAAGUCUAGGGUCCAAAAGGCCAGAGGAGCAUUCAAUGCCCUGCGAAACACCUGGAAUUCAAAUGAAAUACUGACAAAAACAAAGUUAAAAAUAUUCAAAUCAAAUUUCAAGGCACUUCUUCUGUAUGGCUGUGAAACUUGGAGAACAACAAAAACAAACAUAAAAAAACUGCACGUUUUUAAAAACAGGUGCUUGUGAAGGAUCCUCAAAAUAAGAUGGUUUGACAAAAUUUAUAACACUGUUCUUUGGGAGAGAACAUCAAUUGUUCCGUGGAAACGGAGAUAAAAUGAGAAAAUGGAGAUGGAUAGGGCACACAUUAUUCAUUAAGGAUACCAAACACUAACAUCACAAGACAGGCCCUGAACUGGAAUCCUCAAGGUAUGAGGAAAAGAGGACUAAGAGCCACAUGGAAGAGGGGAGUAGAGACAGAGGUGAAGAGAAUGGAGAAAAGCUGGGCUGAACUAGCAAGGAUAGCCCAGAACAGGGGCAGAUGGAAAAGUAUUGUGGAUGGCCUAUACUCUAUUGGGAUUGAGAAUGGCUAAAAAAGAAGGAAGUUUUUAACAUUUCAAAAAAAGAACAAAAUACACUUUUUGAUUGUUAGUUUUAGCUCCUUUCUACAUUCGGCGGUGAAUGGAUUAAGUACUGUGCAUAAGAGGGAGUAAGGUAUAGGUGUCUAAAUACUUUUAAAAGCAAUGCAAUGAUUGUUUUUGUUUUUACAAUGAACUCUCUAGAUAUGGUAACAAUAAUAUUUAGCUUAGUCACCCUAAUGACAAAUUUAGUCAACAUUUGCUUUUGUUUGCUUCUGUGCUGUGUGAUGUAAGUUUGGCUGAACCAAAAUUGCGAAAAAUUGAGAAAACUGCAUAUUUUUUCCUUUUUAUUAAUGCGUUCUUAAUUGCUUUACACGGCAGCGUUAGAUUUGACAUAUUUAUAUUUAUAAGAUCAAGUGAGCAGCAUCUAGUAAGCAGCAUUUGAAAUAUCAAUUUUUAGAAGUCACUUAGCAGCUGUACAAUUUUAAUACCCCAGUUUGGUUCAAGCACUAUUCUUCCCUUCUCCCAAAUACAGCAAGAAUAUUUAUUACACUAUAAUAAGUUAGAAAAUAAAAUUAGCCUCCUAGGCUUAAGGCUGGUGUGGCCACUUUAAAUGUGGCCCAGUGGAUGUAUCACAAAAGAACUUAUUUCUAAAUUCAAUUAGCAAUUAUUUUCAUUCUUGUCAUAAUCGCACAUUAGAAAUAAUCUACACAUAAUUCUGAAACGAUAUUGUAUUAUUUUGGAAGUUACAGGGUAACCAGGUCUGCAAAGGAUUUAACUCUUUCCGUGCCAUGGGGUUUUCCACGUUUGUGUCAGACCACUUUUUGGCCGAUGGAAAUAUUUUAGGGUGCUCUUAUCUAUUAAUGAAUUUUGAAUACAUUUUUUUUUUAUCAAGAGUGCUGUAUUUCAUAUCAAAUUAAAGGAAAUUAGACAGAAAAGAAUGUAAAAGAUAAAACAAUAAGACAAUAAUAGUUAAAUUUUAUUGGUGGUAAUAUGAGAUCAAAAUUUAUCAGACUACUAAAUGGUCUGUGUAGCUGGAAUCCUAUUCUGGUUAAUAUCCAGAAAGUAAAUCCAUUUUUGUUCAGAAUGCAUUUUACAUUUACAAAAUAUUCCACUUAUUGAUAGAGCUACACACACUUUUGUAACGUUAAUGUCAACAAAAGAAAACAGUUUCUUUGCAUAGGUUGAUAUAUACAAUAAAUGUUAACACAUUAUUUACAAAAUAUUUUACUUUAGUACGGUACAAAUUUUUUUCUGUGUGGUCCUUUCUGGAGCACUCCUUAACACCCAAAUGAGGCCUUCCUGUGCAUCCGAAGCACACAUAGCAGCCGAGUUUGGUUAUUUUGUGAGCUGAACAGUGUGGACGCUGUCAAUCAUGCCCGUCAUAGUGCUUAUUUUCACUGAAACGCUUGUCUGCACUGUUGAUGGGCUUUUCCUCUGGCUUUGAUAGGGUGGGCAAUAGGGGAAUGGGUGGUUCAGGUUUCUGGGCUUUAGAAACUAUUCUUCCUGCAUCUUUUCUGCCUAAUUUCCAACUUCUCUUUGCAGGAACAGGAGUAUUAUUAUCUGAAUCCUCACUGUCGCCAUAGUAAAAAAAGUGGUUUUGAGGUCCUUACUAAAAACUUCAUAACUUUUGAACCACUUGAGCUAGAAAGUUGAUCUCUGUGUUUUUGCAAUCCAUUCUCUAGGCUCUAUAAAGCUGUAGUAUUUUUAUACCACUAUUACCAUCACCUCCUCUAUUUCUAUUUGGCAUUAACUGACAAUCAGAAAGCUGAAAAUCAUCACUGGAAUCAGAUUCAAACGAUUCAUGGUUAUUGUCCGAUGUUUCAGCAUAAAUCGCAAUAAAAGCUCUUUUGUUUGCUAACUGGAUUACAUACAUGGUCUAGCAAGAGCUGAUGGUUUUGUUUACAACAGUUUAAAGAGAAAUCGAAAAAAAAGUCAAAAUUAUUGGAAAAACAAAUGUAAAAAAUAAACAAACCCUACUUCUAACAGGAAGUAGGAAAAUUAUCGUUCAUGUGAGAACAUAAUAAGUAGGAUUGAUAGCCAUAGGCAACGAAAUAAACUACACAAAUUAUAUCGGCGGUAUAUUGUCGAUUGGCACAUGUGCGGCUAGUCAAGAGUUAAACGUCGUAAAAUAAUUUAUAUUUUGCUGAGUAUUACCUCCUAUUUGUAAAAAACUCUGAUCUUCUUAAAAAUAUAUUUAAAUUGAAAAUGUGGAUAUCUUUCUUAUUAUUCUUUCAGAUUCAUUAUACAUUUUGUUUCUGGAGGAAGCUCUAUGUUAGGUGGUGAUGCACCAUGCACAAUGAAUAUUGUUGAGACCAAUCCAUUUAGACAUCUUAACCACCUGUCUCUUAAAUUUUUACCUGGCUCUGAUGCAGAUAUCAAAGCACAUCUUGCUAGCUGCUUGAAACAGUUGAAGGUAUGUUUAAAAAAAAAAUCUUAUUUCACAAUUAUUCUUUUUGUAAAUCAAUGAUAUUUGGAGAAUAAGUGUUAGAUAUAAAUUUUGAUUUUUAUUAAGUUAUAUGGAAGAUGACUAUUAAAACAUAUUGACUUGCUUUUAUAAAUACAAAUAUUAAAAUAAAAAAAUAAAAAGAGAUUACUUUUUGAUGCUUAAUAUUUUUGGUUACCGGUAAUUUAUACAUAUAUUUAAAAAUUUAUUUUUAACCUCUAUCUAUUGCAAUUGACAGACCUCUAGAAUGUCUGACAUUUAGCUAUAAUAAUAAAAAUCCAUUUCUCCUUAUGUAUUCUAUUUAGGAAACCAACAAUUUAAUUCAACAUAAAUUUGAGCACACAUCACAAGAGUUAAGUAGCAAGUUGCAGUCUACCCAAGAGGUGAAUAGACAAUUGUUAAUUUUUUAAAAAUCUUGCCUGCUAUGAUAUUGUAUUGGGAUUAAAAUGGAAAGAUUUUGGGUUUGAAAAAAAUGUUUUAGAAUUAAUUUCAAUAUGAAAAAACGUACCAGUAAUGCAGUGUGUUUCAAGCUUUUUUUUCUCAUAUAGGCCAGUGAAAUUUUAUAGCAGAAAUAUUAUGCUGACCUUUAAUGCAGAAAUGAAAAGCAUACCUUUUUUUUUGUACCGUACAUUAAUUUUUAUUUGCAAUAUUAUAGAAUUAAAUACUAUAUAUAGCAUAAUCAGAACCAACCAAGAAAUAUAUAUGUGAAAGAUGAUUUCUAUAUUCCUUUACAUUUUGCCAUACAUUUUUAAAGAUACCUUAAAUGAAUUAGUUACUAAUAUUGAUUUGUAUAGUUUAAGAUAGUUGAACUUUUGUUGAAGCCAGACAAAGAUGAUCUUUCAAAAAGAAGAUAGGCUUAAAUUUAAAAUGAUUUGGCGUUUAAGAUAAAACUAUAUGAGUUGUAGCUUAAUAUUGACAUAGAAGAGUUGUUGUUAGGGCUGAACAAAGAUGUUUCUCAUUUCAGGACAAUAAGUGUAGAAUACACAGUACAAUAGUAAAUUUUUAUUUCUUUUAGCUCUUGGCUUCCAAGUCAUCUGAAUUGGAGUCACUGAAAUUAGAAUGGUCGUCUCGUAUUGCAGAUAUCACAUCUAAACACAAAGAGGAUAUGGCUCUUGAAAAAGAAAAAACUGUACAGGUAAUUCCUCAAGUUGUAUUAUUUUUAGAAACAAUAAUUAUAUCAUAUAUAUUUUUUAAAUGUAUGAUAGCCAAAAGUUACUUGGUAUAUUGUUCUUUUAUUUCUAAAAAAAUUUAGCUAAAAAAAUUUUCACUAAGCAAUUCUAGAAUAAAAAUGUCGGGGUGUAAUAAAGUAAUUUUUUAUGAAAAUUACAUGGACACAAAAAUAAUUGAUUGUGUACAUUGAAAAUUUUUAAAAACAUGUUUUAAUGAAUUUUUGUGUGUCAAGUCGUUGAAGCAUAUCCAUAUGUUUAUAUCAUAAUAAAAAAAUAAUCAUAAGUUUUAAAACUCUUCCACGUGCAUAUUGAAAUUUCAUGAUCCACAACACCUGAUGGUAUUUGAGCUUUGGAUUUAUUCCUAGUUUCAGUCAAGCCUCCAAGUAAGAUUUGAUAGAGAACGCAGAGAGCUGGAACAAACACACAUGAAACUCGUCAAACAGCUGGAAACUCGACUUGAAGAAAAUGAAACAUUAAACAAGGUUGGUUAAAAAUACGGAAUUAAAUCUUUUUUUACAUAAAGUCUUUCAUUUGUUCAAAAUCUUGAUUGAAAAGAUAAAACAGUAGAAGUUGAUUGAAACUGUUCAGAUUGUAUUCCUUCACAUGCAGAAUUUAAAUAAUAGCCUUGGAAAUGCUUAUUUAAAUUUUAAAAUUUUAACUUACAACAAAUGCUUAAAUUGUUUCAAUUUUCAUCCAGGAUCUGACAGACAAGAAAUAUAAAUCCGAAGCAACAAUAAGAGAUUACAAGUCCAGGCUUGCAACUUUGGAAGAGGAUCACAGCCGCAUGAAAGCUGAACUUCACACACUACGCAAAGAAAACAUUUCUCUGGAGAGUUUGAGGCAAGAGAGAGACAAGUCCAACAAUGCACUGCAAACCAGGGUGGCUGUUCUAGAACAAGAGCUCAAAGACAAAGCAGAGCUGUUGGAUAAAUCAAAUGACUUGUUCAGUUCAGAAAAGGACAAAAAGGUAGUUGUAAUGAAAAUUUGAAAUAAUAUAUAUUUGAUUUCAUUUAGUGAUGAUAGUCAGUUCUUAUUCCUAUUGUGGCUUUAAGGAUUUCAGAAAAUUGUUUAAAAUUAAUUCCUAGAAGGAAAUUAAUUAUUUUUUGGGAAAAUCUUUCUCUGACUCUCUGGUUUUUAAAAUUUUUAACUUUAAAAAAUAAGGGCAAGUAAUCAUUUCUAAACUAUUUGAUUUGUGAAGCAAUUUGUCAUAAAAGAAAAUGUUAAAUAUUCAAAUAUGAACUUUUUAAAAGCUCCUGGUUAACCAAUCUACAAUGUCAGAGAUAAGAAACACUUUCACUGUGUAGAGCUUAAACAGUGGUAAAGUAAUCAGUGGAUUUUUGGUCAUUAACUUACAUAAUGGCACAGUUUCUUCUGCAUUGCAUAAAUGCAGACAUGAAAUGAUCAAGCUUGUUAAUUUCACAGAAACACCUUGAAACAGAAUUGGAGGCCAGACACAGAGAGAUCAAUAAAUUAGAGACCAAAGUUAAGGCCAUGGGAGAGGAAUUGAAAAAGGGCAAUGAAAUCAUCAAGAAGCUGCAAGGUGAUAUCAAAACUUACCAUGGAAAGGUAAUAACAAGAAAGUUAUGGGAAAUCAAUGCGACAUAAUACAAUGACUGUUAGAAGAUAAUAGAGCUUAAUCUAAAAUAAAAUUGUAUUAAUAAUGUUAAGGUUUUUAAUUAUUCAGAUAUUUGCAUGGAACAGUCCUAUAAUAUAAUUUAAAAUUAAGUUUACGCAAUAAUAUUUGCAUAUCAUCUUUUCUAACUAAGUUACUGUAUUGAUACUUUGAUACAGGUGAAACUACGUACUCAAAUAGCAACAGAACAGGAAAAACUCUUGGGUGAGAAAAACAUUGAACUGGAGAAACUUCGCCAGGACUUAGCUGCAACAAAAGACAAAUUAAGAGACACAGAAGAUAAAGUAAGCAUAAUCAUUUUGGUUAGGUAAAAUAUAUAAAGAUAUCCAUUACGUAUUUAUUGGUAUUUAAAAAAGAUUUUUUUAAUGAAAAAUGUAUUUUAUUCAUAAAAUAAGGUCCUUACAAUCACAUCAUAUGACAUUGCAAUAUCACCAUUUUUUGUUCAAAAUUAGAAACAAGUUUAAUGAAAUAUAGAAAUUUAUCAUACGUCAUUAAUAGUUUAUAAAAUUAUGUAUUUAUUAUUUUUUUCUCUUUUUCUAUAAUUUAGAAUCAGAAACUGAGCACAGACUUAGAGAGUGCCAAAGAGAAGUUAGAAGAAAGCAGAAAGUUGUUGAAAACCAAUGAGAACAGUAAGCAGAAAUUUAUUAUUUACUUUUCUAAAUGUAGGCAUAGAUAUCUGUUACUGUGUGAGAUGAAUGUGGAAUACAUGGUCUACCAUGUUCCCCUCUUGGGUGUGAACAAGAAAACAACUGACAAAAACAACAGACAGUGAUCAUAUAUAUAUAUAGGAUUUGUUGGGAGCAUGGGGCUCACCUAGGGCUGAGCGGGUGCAGUUUUUUACUCCCUGUCCGGGUAUUUUGAGAUAAUACCCGGUGGGUCUGAGUCCCGGUUUAGGUGUUACAAAAAAAAAUGAGUUUUCUUCUCAUUUCUUAUAUUGUGUUUUACUCAAUUGGUAAAAGGGAAAUAUGCAUGCAUAGAACCAGUAUUAGUUAUGAAGACACCAAAGCUGCAGGUUUCAAAACACUAAUAGCGUAAUAAUAUAAUCCUAAAUCAGCGGUUCUCAGCAUUUUUAGUGCCGCAACCCCUUUAUAACAAUUUUUUUUGAGUUGUGGCGACCCACAACCAGAAUUAUUCCUUGAAAUUGGGACACAGGUGUUGAGAAGGGGGAAGGGGCAGCAGAGAUUUUUAUUGUAGAUAAAAAGGUGUUGCUAGUGUUAUUUUGAUUGGGGGGGGGGGGGGUGAAGGGAAGCAGAAAUAAGAGUGGAGGGUUCUGUAGAGGGGUUAUUGUACACCUGGUUAUAGUUUUGCAUCAAAAAAGUUAAAAUCAUAUAUAAAUAAUAUAAAUUAUUUUUAAUUAAAAAAAAAUAAAAGGUGACUGUCAAAAUGUUUGUCUUUCAUUAGAUGCUCAUAUCUUCUAAAUGAAUUACAGUUGUAUUUUGGUUUUCUUUAUUUUAUGUUGCCGUAUGUGUUACAGAAAUUGUGGGAGUCUUUUUAUAAAUACUGAGACAUUACCCUAGUAGCUUUCAUUUAAGUGUCUCUUUUACAUUCAUUUUAUUGCAGUGAUUCAAUGGUUGAACAAACAAAUUAAUGAACAGAAGGUUAAUCAGAACCAUCUUGGUCACUUUGAGCUGCCCACCACAGCUCAUGCCAGACCAGCAAUGCCAAUUGUAAGUUAUUGAUCUAUUCAACACUAUGUAUAACUAACUAUAGCUUGACCUUCCCAUAUACUAAAGUUUCUUGAAAUCAGCGCCAUCUGGUAGGGUUUAAAAUUAGUGAAGUUUUUAAAUAGAGAAUUAUGUUUUUUGAUUCGAAGACUUUUUAAAAUUCUGCUGCAAAUGAUUAGAAAAUACUGUUAAUAAAUAAAUGUGACAAAAUUACACUGGGCUCACUACAUUUAUUGGAGUUGGUGCAUUGAGCAAAGUACCCGUCAUUGUUUUUGUUUUUUUAAAUUGCUAUCAUUAUAAUUCAACAUGUCCAGACAACAAAAUGCUAUCCAUUUUGUGAUGCAUUUAGUAAGGCUGCUUUAUCCUAUUCUGCCUAGCUUUUAAUCUGUUCAACAAAUAUUCUGUUAUUUUUUAUUGCAACAUUACAUUACACAGUCAUCACCAACAACUUGUCUAAAUCAAAUGGAGAAAAGUGACUGCCACAAAUUGCAAUUAUAUCGAGGUUUUCUUAAAUGUGAUGCAACAUUUUAUAUUUCAGCACAACUACAGUACAUCCAGCCAUGGGUCUGCCAUGUCCCAGGACAGUUUAAGAUUUCAGGCCAUGCAGAGACAACCAGUCUCUGUACCUCUGGCUAGCCGUAAUCCUCAGGUAUUUUUAGUGAUAUAUGAUCUAUUUAUUUAAUGCAAUAAAUCUACAGAUGCCAUUGUUUUUUAUGACAGACUUUACAAAUUUGUUAUAUUUAAAUUGUUAUUAAAAGAAACCACUAAAUUUGCAAAGUAUGUGAUGCCUUACUUCCCUUUAUUGCUGAUUGCUUCCCUUUAAUCAGUUUCAUCAUUCAGAAUUUUUAAUUUUGUCGUGGAAUGGUUGAAUUUGAAGUUUUCUUCUGUGUAUGAAAAGGGUUAUUUUAUUUUAAUGGUCCAAGCUUUUUCUUCCCAUUGCUUGACCUGAAUAUUCCUAGAUGGACUACCAGUCUGGUCAAACGAAUGUUAAAACUCUGAUGUCUAGUAUUCCUGUCCCAGUCCUCACAAGAAAAAAUGGUGUAGCCACACCUCCUAACCAGCAGGAGAAUAUGAAUUCUAGUGGGGGAGACAAAGACAAGUAAGUUUAUUUCCAGCACGAUAAAAAAAAUUUGAUGGUUUCAAAACUGUUUCCUGGAACAGAUUUAAAUAUUCUUUAAUCUGAGCUUUUAAAAAAACUAUAAUUUACUUUGCCAACAGGCAGAAUAUUUGUUGCAAAAUAUGAUCAAUUGAUUUGGCACAGUUCAAAUAAAAAAAAAAAGAAGAAAAUGAAGAGUUUACCACAGUUGAAUUGACUCAUAGAAAACUGUGGGAGGAAAGGUCUAUGAGAUAAAGACAAUUAAAACAAGAGAAACUUAUGUCUCAGUUGGUCAUAGUUUUAGUUUUGUUUUAGUUUGAAGUUAAGCCCACAGCCAACAUAAAAAAAUGCAGUAGCACUUUUUAAAAAGAUUAUUUGCGUUGAGGCAAAGAUUGUCUGAAGGAAAAGUUCUAUUUUCAACUGGUCGCAAACGUUGAGCCUUUUCUUGGCCUCACCGUCAGAUACUAAUUCAAAAGUAAACCUCCACCAAGUCUGCUUUUGGGGCUGUAUUUCUGGCUCUCUACCAGAUCAGGAGACAAGGUUACCUUAACAGCGUCUGGAUACUUGUGACUUUUUCAAUUUUACCUCUCCCUGUAAAUAAAUUAUGUCACUCUAAAUGUUAACAAAGGGAAGCCGAAAUAGAAGUCAAUGAAGGGGAGAUUAUCACUGAGCAACGUUCCAGCUGGCCAACAGUAGUGUGUGAAGGAGUAAAAAAAGGCAGACUACGCCUUAAACGAAGCCCAUGCAACAAAAUGAACAUUACGGAAGACCAAAUUUAACCAGGAGUCAAACUUCUCCUUCAAGAAAUUCAGCCGAGACUGCUAUUCCAGGAUUGGCCUCGUAAGCCAAUUGAUGGAGUGUCCGUAGCUACUCCAUCGUCGUGUGAAGACGGAAGGAUGCUAUAUAAAAAUGUUAACAUAAUAAAGAUGAUCCUUUUAUGACUAUCUUAAAGAUAUUGCACUUCCACAAUGUCAUAUAACUGACUAGAUUUAUCCAACCAUAUAUAUUUGUUAAUGCUAUAAAAGUCAUAAUCUUUUUUUAAUCACUUAAUCCGAUGUAGUUUUGGUUCAAGAUCAUAGAUUCAUGAGUAAAGUCAAUAUUUAUUGCAAAUUUAAUUUACUUAAUAUUGAUUCUCCACAGAAAUCCACCACUGGAUCCGAAAUUUCUGAGUAAACGUGAUGAGGCGAUUCCUGUACGGGGGAUACUUAAUCAAAACAGCAGGGCAAACAUCCUAUCAUCUCUACCUUUAUCUUCCAACACAUCACCACAAAACCCAUCCGCAGCAACCUCGGCUGGGCAGCCAACUCAAACAUCGGCGCCGCCGGUGUCCACGUUUAACGGUGGCCGUCACAUGGACGUGGGCAGUGUUCGGUUGAGUCAGCAGCUGAUUAUACCUCGCCAACAGCCUCCUUUAGCAUCAGCCUACUUUCCGGCUCACUCUUAGCCGGUUGGAGAUUUUUUUGUUGUUGAUUUGAGGAAACAAACAAAAAAAAUGUUCCAAAAACAAAACCAGAACCUAUCAAACUCCUGUGAUGCAAGAGAGGGACCUUGAUGUCCCCCACAAACUGACCCCUCCCACCGGGCUCACUACUUCCUGUAGGAGAUCUGUUGAGCUAGAUGGUGGUGUUGUCAAUAUUGUAUUGCAAGAGAGAAAACAAUUCAGUUCUGCUGCAAGGUUGGCAAAUUGACAGACAGGUCAGUUUUUUUUGUUUUUACAUGAUGUUGGUUCGGAGGUAUUUAGAGGUGGUUUUUUUUUGUUUUCAUCUUGCUUGCUUUGUUUUUCUUGAACUUGCAAAGUGAGACCUUGAAUUCUAUGAGACUGGUUGUACCACUGACCACAGCACAAAGUGUCUGAUGGAAUGGCAUUCAUACUUCCAGCCUACAUAAAAAAAAAACAACUGAUGGACGGUGAAGCGGAGCUCAAUUCAAUACAUUUGUGUAAGAUAUUUAAAGACCACCGUCAUUAAAUUAGCAUUUGUCACUCGUCAGCCUUUACUUGUCUGGGUGAACUUGUAG